UACUUUUUAAGUUUUAUCAAAUAUUCUAAUGAGUUCUUUAUAAAUUUAAAUGCCGCCUUAGCAUAUUUUAACACCUAGUUUGAAUAUAAUGGAUCCCUACGAAAUUGAAUUCAUAGGAGAAAACAGAAUCAUAAGCAUAAUUCCAAAUUUUUCUUACGACAAAAUAUAUUUAAUUAGCGGUGAAUUUGGACCAUUUCGAGCUGGUUUACCCAUGAACGUCCCUCUAUGGUUAGCUGUUAUGUUAAAACAAAAACAGAAAUGUAGAAUAGUCCCACCAGACUGGAUGGAUAUGGAUAAUUUAGAAAAUAUUAAGGAGGAAGAAAAGAAGUCCAGGUUUUUUACCAAAAUGCCAAAUGAACAUUAUAUGGUUGAAGCAAAACUCAUACUAGGUGCGGCGAUGGAAGAUGUGCCAAAUGCUGCGGAAAUUAAAACAAUAAUAAAAGAUAUUUGGGAUAUAAGAAUGUCCAAGUUACGGACAUCUAUGGACGCACUUAUGAAAUCAGGAGGCUCUUACGGUAGAUUGGAUCAUCUAACAAUGAUGGAGAUUAAUUCAGUUAAACCACUUUUACCGUCAGCUAUGGAUGAACUCUUGAGGAUACAAAUGAUGUCUAAAAAAUCUACUCCAGCAACAUUGAACAGUUCAACAUUCAGCCAAUCAGGGACUUCACAGAAUAUUUGAGAACUACAAGUAUCUCUAAUAUGCAAAAAUUGGAUUUUUGUGUCAAGAGUUAUCUUAAACAGUAAUCUCUGUUGUUAAACAGAAAGAUAACAACAAAUUAAUAAUGUUGUGAGGAAAAUCAUGAAACAAUGUUAUAAUUUAUAAAGAAAGAUAAUAUGGCACAGCACUCGGUUUAUACUAAUAUUAUAAAGCUGAAGAGUUUGUUUGUUUGUAUGAACGCACUAAUCUCGGGUCGCUACUGGUCCGAUUUGAAAAUGUAUAUAUAUAUAUAAUGGCUAUAGGCUAUAGAUAUAUCACGCUAAGACCACCAGAAGCAGAGCAAUGCGGGUGAAACCGCGGGGAACAGCUAGUGUACAUAUAUAGCUGUGUGUUUACCUUGAAUCAAACAAACUACCCUAUUGAAUAUAUAUGCAACAAUUUCAUGUGAUUCCUCUUUGUGUUGUAAAAGUUUUGUUAAACUAGCUGCGCUCCGCGGUUUCAUCCGCUUGGCUCCGCUCCUGUUGGUCUUAGCGUGAUAAUAUAUAGCCUAUAGCCUUCCUCGAUGAAGGGGCUA